AUGGACCAACCAGAGUUGGAGGUUUCGGAGAUAGAUGAACUGGAACGCAUCGUAGGUGAUGCAGGAGCGAAGGCAAGACGUCUCAAGCUUUCACUUCUCGAGCACAUAACGAAUGGUUUCUCUAAUAAAUCUGAAAUUGAUAGAGGUGGAUUUGCAGUGGUUUACCUGGGAGUGCUUCCAAGUGGGUUACAUAUUGCUGUAAAGAAGUUUUACUCUAUGCCUGGAUGGGAUGAAAGUGCAUUUGAAAAUGAAAUUUCUAUCAUUAUGAAGGUUGCUCAUGAGAACAUAGUCCGACUCAUAGGCUACUGUGAUCACACGAAUCAUGAACAGAUGGAAUACAACGGAGAGCUUGUCUUAGCAGAGUAUAGACAAAGGUUCAUCUGUACAGAGUAUAUUCCGAACGGAAUCCUUGCUACUCAUAUCACUGAUGAGUUUCAUCCAAGACUUGACUGGGACCAGCAUUACCAAAUUCUCAAAGGAAUUUGUCGGGGCCUGUUUCAUCUCCAUCACAAAGUGCACAUUUUUCACGGAGAUAUCAAACCAGGCAAUAUCUUAAUAGGGGAUAACUUCGUGCCCAAAAUUUAUGACUUCGGUUUGUCACGGUCCUUAUGUGAAGGAGAACCUUUAAAUUAUGAUGAGUUUGUAUAUAUACAUCUAUGCAGAGCAUAUAUGCCACCGGAGAUGCUUGAGUAUGGUCGUUGGUCAACUAAGUCUGACAUAUACGCCUUGGGUGUUACGAUCACGGAGUUGUUGACUGGGAAGAGAAGGUGGCACCGGGGGCUAACUGUUGAGCGAGAACUGAAAGAGUUGAGGAAAAGGCUGGUAAGAAAAGGAGUGUUUUUAUCAUGGGAAAACAAAUACCAUCAAGUUCGAACAUGUCUGGAGAUUGCGCAUACCUGCAUGGAAAACGACCCAGAAAAAAGGCCUACUGCACUGGACAUUAUCCAAAGCCUUGACCGAACCGAAAGUGUGAACUGUUCUGCACAACUACUUUGGCAGUCAGGAGAUGAGGAAUCGGAUACAUCGGACACGGAAGCUUUAGAGACAGAGACAACAACCGAGAUUCUUGAAGAGAAUCCCGACUCACCAGACAUGACUGGAGAAACAUGCACACAGGAACCUGAUAAAUCAGAACUGGUAAUUGAGUUGCCAGCAUCGGUGGACCUGUCCGACCUAAAAGUUCUGGAGAAAAUCACAGAUGAUUUUUCACACGAAAGAAUAGUUGGGAAGGACGGUACAUUCAAAGGUUUUCAGCAUAAGGCAUUUGUUUACAAGGGUGACAUUCCACGUGGAGAAAUAAUAGCUGUGAAGAGGUUAAUUGGAGUGGAGAUUCCAGUUGAAAAGUUUAAGAGGGAAGCACACGAAUUCACUAGACUGGAUCACAUGAAUAUAGUAAAGGUCGCCGGCUACUGCCACGACCAAUCUAGAAGACAUAAACUGGUACAUUUCAAAGGAGAACCACUACCGCAACUCAUAAAAGGAGCCGAACAACUGCUCUGCUAUGAAUAUAUGCACAAUGGGAGCCUUCACGACUAUCUUAUUGGUCAUGGAUCUCGUCAAAUUGAUUGGGAAAUGCGCUACAAAUUGAUCAAAGGGACUUGUGCAGGCUUACAUUACCUCCACAAGGGUCGUGAAAAUUGUCCAAUUUUUCAUUUGAAUUUAAGCCCGUCAAAUGUAUUGCUGGACGAGAACUACAUACCGCGCAUCACAGGCUUCGAUUUUUCAAAGCUCAUUGGUGAGAAGAACACCAAAUCCGUGGUACUUAAGCUGAAUGGACCCAUAGCUUACCUGCCACCGGAUUUCUUCCACUCCAAGGGUACUGACCUAAAAUACCUAGCUACGGUAGAUAUAUACAGCUUGGGUCUUAUCAUUCUAGAGAUCGCGACACAGCAAGAGAUCAAAGGCAACCACGGAGUGCUUAUUAAGAGUAUAGAGGAAAACUGGAGGGAAGAUUCACAAAUAACAAGAUUGUAUACCUCACUAGAAGCCGACGAGCUGCGGCAAGUAAAAAUGUGCAUUCAUAUCGGCCUGCGCUGCGUCCAGUCAAAACCUGAAAAGCGACCUACCGCUGAGGACAUCAAGCUCUGGCUUAAGGAAGGAAUCAAAGAAGGUGGAGGAGUAGUGUCAAGACCUACAGUCCCAGUUCCAAGGACAGGUCCAGGAGGAGUGCCAAGAUCUCCAGUCCCCACUAAUAUCACCCAUGCAGAUGAUCGCAUCCAAGGAAACGAGAAGCCGGCGGGAUUCAUGAGACGAUUUUUCAGACGAAAGUAAGCACCUGAGGGAGGAUGGGAAUUCUUUGAAGCAGACAUGAUUCAAGAAAUGAUUCGUUCUCUGUGAAUAUUUUAGAUGGUUCAACAAAGCUCGUGGUUAACCUACAAGUAUGGGAUUUGAGAGGUUUUGUGUUGGUAGUUGCUACUGUUGGAACGUGGCAUCUGGAGCUGCCCUGACCGAGUCAUCAGGAGGGGGAGCUCACCGCAUGGACCGGAUCCCGUUCUAUCAGCUAAUGCGAGUGACACAAUGACACAAGUAGCGUUUAGUUGUGUAAGUGUAACCUGACCCCAUGAGCGGAAGAGUUACACAGAUCUUCUGGUACCGCAAGCGAUGCGCCACAUCUAUGGAAGGGGCCGGAGAUGGUUUUCCUGUAUAUUGGAUCCUUUCUGUAUUCUUAUCUGUCUAUGUUCUUAUCUGUCUAUGUUUCGCA